AUGGAUUCACAGCAACUUUAUAGUUUCAAUAUGACAAGUGCAGGAUUACCCAACAUGUCAUCUUUUUCCACUAUUCCACUACAGAAUGGUUUGCUUGGUUCCUUGAAAGUUGGCAUUGGAAACUCACCUGAUUCGCCUUUUUCAUCUCAUUUUGAUUCGGAUACUCUUUCUGCAUUUGGUGACAAUUAUGAGCAGCAGAACUCGGGUGAAACGCUCUCUGGUAUAAGCGUCUCGUAUAACUCAGCACUGGAAACCAACCGUUACUUGCAAAGAUCGGUUUCAUCGGUCGACAAUCUCAAGGAAAAUUUGCAAUUAUAUUCAGCUAGACGAUCUCUUCCGCCGAGUUGUAACCAGAUAGUCCAACACGCCUUGUUGGAACUAGAAACUGCGCUGAUGGCUCCGGAUGAUAACGAAGUUACCACAUCUAAUUCUUCAUUUGGUGAGAGCAUCAAGGAAACGGCAUCUGGACCGAGAUAUAGAUCAUGGGGCCAUGUGAGCCAAGGGUCACAAUACAUUCAAAAUCAACCAUCACAUGCUACUAGCAGUAGUAGGCAAUCAAAUGAAGUUGUGCAUGUAGAAAAACGUCGAAAGUUGGAGGAGUCGUCUCUACAAGGGUUCCCAUCAGGUGAUUUAAAGCAAUUACUGAUUGCAUGUGCCAAAGCCAUGGCUGAAAACGACACACAAGAUUUCAACCGGUUGAUAGAAACGGUUAGAAAUGCUGUGUCUAUCAACGGGGAGCCAAUUCAGAGGCUCGGUGCUUAUAUGAUAGAAGGGCUUGUUGCAAGGAAGGAAGCGUCGGGGAAUAGCAUCUAUCGUGCUCUUAAGUGUAGAGAGCCUGAAGGUGAAGAAUUACUCUCCUACAUGCAUCUGCUUUACGAAAUAUGUCCCUACUUGAAAUUUGGUUACAUGGCUGCGAAUGGAGCCAUUGCCGAAGCUUGUAGGAAUGAGGAUCACGUACACAUCAUCGACUUUCAAAUUGCUCAAGGAACUCAAUGGAUGACACUUCUUCAAGCUCUUGCUGCAAGACCUGGCGGGGCUCCCCAUGUGCGUAUCACAGGAAUCGACGAUCCAGUCUCUAGAUAUGCUCGUGGAGAAGGACUAGAAGUAGUCGGGAAAAGAUUGGCCUUGAUGUCAAAGAAAUUCGGCAUCCCAGUUGAGUUUCACGGGCUCUCCGUUUUCGGUCCCGAUGUUACAAGAAACAUGCUCCAUAUCAGACAUGGAGAAGCUUUGGCUGUGAAUUUUCCAUUGCAACUCCAUCACACGGCUGAUGAGAGUGUUGAUGUGAAUAAUCCAAGAGAUGGACUUUUGAGAUUGGUGAAAUCUCUCUCUCCGAAAGUGGUCACACUUGUCGAGCAGGAAUCAAACACAAACACAACCCCUUUCUUCAACAGGUUCAUAGAAACUUUAGAUUACUACUUGGCAAUCUUCGAGUCAAUCGAUGUAACCCUCUCGAGAAACAGCAAGGAGAGGAUUAACGUGGAGCAGCACUGUUUAGCUCGGGAUAUCGUCAAUAUCAUUGCUUGUGAAGGAAAAGAAAGGAUCGAGCGGCACGAACUGUUCGGCAAGUGGAAGUCAAGGCUGACAAUGGCCGGAUUUACUCAAUGUCCUUUGAGUUCUUAUGUGAAUUCUGUUAUAAGAAGCCUUCUGAGAUGCUAUUCGGAGCAUUAUACAUUAGUGGAGAAAGAUGGGGCCAUGUUGUUGGGGUGGAAGAGCAGAAAUUUGAUAUCAGCUUCAGCUUGGCAUUGA